UUUAUGAGUAAUUUCAUGAUUCUUUUGUAUUCUUUCAGAUAAUGCAAAAUCUUAUCAUUAUUCAAUACUGUUACUCGCAGAAAGAUAGUAAUUAGAUAGGUUAUCAUAUAUAUAUAUAUAUAUAUAUAUGUCUUCAUAUAUUUACAAUCACUGUAUAAACAAUAUAUUUGAUAAGUCGUAAUUGUAAAAAGGAUAAAGAUAUAGUAACAGUACAGAACUCAUUUCAUAUAAUGAGUAAUGUUAAUGAAGGAUUUAUUGCUGUACAUGUGGGAGCAGGACGACAUUCAGAAGCUCUUAAAGAAAAAUAUCGGAAACUAUGUCGUCAAGCAUGCAAAGCUGGCAUACAAAAUUUAAAGGCUGGUGGUAGUUCAUUAGAUGCUGUGGUAGAAACUGUAAUAGUAUUAGAAAACUCUCCUUUAACUAAUGCUGGAUUUGGGUCAAAUCUCACAUUGGAAGGAGCAGUAGAAUGUGAUGCAAGUGUAAUGGAUGGUACUACAUUACAAUUUGGAGCAGUUGGUGCAGUUAGUGGAAUAAAAAAUCCUGUUUCAUUGGCAAAACGACUUUGCGAAUAUCAGUCAAUUAAAAUUGCAUAUGGUAGGAUUCCACCAAGUUUUUUAGUUGGGAAUGGUGCACAUGUAUGGGCACAAGAAAUGGGAAUACAAACAUUACCACCAGAACAACUAAUUUCAACAAAAGCACAGAAGAUGUAUAAACAUUAUAAAAGAAAAAUAGAAAGUUCUGAUAUAGAUGUUCACAAGUAUACUAAACAAAGAAUGGAUACAGUUGGUGCAAUAUGUGUUGAUAAAGAAGGAAAUAUUGCUGGAGCUUGUUCUAGUGGUGGUAUUAUUUUAAAAUAUCCAGGAAGAGUAGGACAGGCAGGAAUGUGGGGAUGUGGAACAUGGGCAUAUAAAGACAAAUAUUCUAUAGGAACAAGCACAUCAGGCUGUGGCGAACAUCUCAUUCGCACUUUGCUAGCACGAACAACUGCAGAAGCUAUAUCACAUAAUUCUUGUCCUAUUAUCAACUUAUACCAUUCUAUGAAAGCUGAUUUUAUUGAUUCGAAAUUUUUAUGUGGACUUGAACAGAAACUUGGAGGUGUUAUUGCUAUUCGAUAUGCAGCCCAAGAAGGAGUAGGAGAUUUCCUUUGGAGUCAUUCUACAAAUUCAAUGAUAAUAGGUUACAUGAAUUCAAAUGAACAAACACCAAUGAGUCAUAUGGCUGUUCUCCCAUCUCAUGAAGUUGGCAAGAAAGCAACUGUCGAAGGAAUCUGUUUCAAAAUUACAUAACAUGUUAAUGGAUUUAUGAUUAUGAUAAUAUACAAUAAUGUCAAUAUGUAGGUUUUUUUAUAAAAUGUAAAUUAUUUCUUAUUUUCAUGUAGCAUACAAAAAAAUCUGUUCAAAGCUGAUUAAUAAAGUAGUUUUUCAUACAUAAUA